UCAUAGGAUUGAAUUGGAAGUACUUAAUUCGAAAUUUUAGAAGAUAUCGUGUAUUGUUGACCUUUUUCAUAUCUUUUAUGAAUUCGGGUUCUUUUUAAUAAAAUUAAUUAAUUUCCAAAGAAAAAGUUUAACUUAUAUCAUACUGUUUAAAAUAUUUUUUCUCUUUCCCAAUUUUACAUUUUCCAGAUCAAUUGUCUAUUUUUCUGUUGGAUAGAAGUUACAGAUUUAAUGAAGUGAUUAAGAAAUCUCAAGUUGAUAGUCAAAAUUUUCAACAGUUUGGGACAUUUUAUAGUAUUUCAGAAAUGGAUUUAGGUAUUCAGAAUGAGAUUCCACACUAUGUGGAAACAUACAAAACCGUAGCUGCUAUCCCAUCCGCAGUGAGGGCAAGAAUAUUACCUGCUGCAUGUGAUGAUGCAUUAUGCAUUCAUACUCUGUGGUCAUCCCGAGAUUUUGUGGAAUUGGAAAAAAAUAUAUUUUCUCGAGACUUUGUGAUUGAUAAAGGAAGUUUCAAAGUUUUAUCAAGUGGUAUUCCUAGUGAUUCGUACUCUGUUAUUUUACAUGCAUUCAGCAAAUCGGGUAAAAGGCAAGCCAUCCUUACAGAAAGAACAUCACCAGAAAAGAAGAAAUACAUAGAGAUUUGGAAUGAAUCUAAGAAAGAAGCUACAUUUGAUAUGACUGAAUGUAAAGAACAUGGAGAUAUUACAGAGAAUGAUCCUUUCAAAUGCUUUGAGUGGAGCUCUGAUGAAAAGUUUUUAUUAUAUGCUGCGGAAGAAAAACAACCAAAAAGUGUAUCUUAUUUUAAAGAUGUUUCUCGAACUAAAGAAGAAACUGAUAGUAUAAUAAAGGGGGAAGAAUAUCUCUAUAGGGAAGAAUGGGGAGAAGCAUGUGUUGGCUGUCAUCAUACAGUCUUAUGUAUACUCGAAAUUGAGACAGGACUAGUUCAAGUUUUGCCUACUAGUAAAAUUGGAUCGGACAUUUCAUUUGGUCAGGCCAGAUGGGGUCCAAAUGAUGAAACUAUAAUUUUCAUUGGAUGGAAAGAGUUCCCUUACAGAUUAGGUGUUUGGGCUUGUAGGAAUAGGAGGAGUGCUCUGUAUGCUAUUAAUUUGGAAAGUAAAGAUAUAGAAUGCUUAACUCCUGAUGAUAAUAUAUGCGUUCGAUCACCUCGUUUUAGUCCCAAUUUAGAUAGUUUCAUUUACCUAGAGAAUUCAGGUGGUGGACCUCAUUUCAAAGGUGCUAAAUUAAGAAAGUAUGACUGGAAAACUAAGAAAAAUUCCACUGUUGUUGAUCUUGUUGAAAAUGCUUCUGGAGAUGAAUUUCCAGGAAUUUAUGUGGAUUAUUUACCGGCACGAUGUUGGUCAGAAGAUGGGAAAUAUGUAUAUUUUUCAACCAUAUGGCGUAGUAGAGAGGCUAUUGUUUGUAUUGAUGUGGAAAACAGACAGCUUCAAAAAGUACAUACUGAUGAACAAUUUGGUUCUUGUGAUGUUUUAGAUGUUCAAUAUAAUAUGAUUGUGGCUGAAUUCUCAGCUCCAAAUAUUGAACCAUGCUUAGUUAUUGGUCAAAUUGAUGCAAAAAAUAGAGCAACAAUAGGAUGGAAAUAUUUGGAUUCUAAUGCUCCAGUUAUUCAUUCUGAUAUCAAGUGGGAUAUCAAAAGAUUGAUUCCUACUGUUCCUAAUAAAAAAUAUCCUGAUCUUGAUUAUGAAAUUAUUGUUAUCUCACCAACAAAAAUGCAAGAAAAGUAUCCUUUGAUAAUUAUGCCACAUGGUGGACCACAUAGCUGCUUUCCAGCUGAAUUUCUGUCUAGACGUAUUGGUUUUGUAAAAUUGGGAUAUAUCUUGUGUAUAGUGAAUUACCGUGGAUCUAUUGGAUUUGGUGAAGCUAAUGUAAAAUCACUUCCUGGAAAUAUUGGAACUCAAGAUGUUGCUGAUGUUCAGCAAGCUGCUUUACAUGUUAGAAAUAAUUGUGGCUUCAAUAUUAGUGGUUUUUUCGCUUUUGGUGGGUCUCACGGUGGUUUUCUUAGUGCCCAUAUGUGUGGACAAUACCCAGAUUUUUAUAAAGCUGCUGUUCUCUUAAAUCCUGUCAUUGAUGUUAGUAAUAUGAUGGGUAUAGCUGAUAUUCCUGAUUGGAAUUGGGUUGAAGGAGGUUUUGGUGAUAAUUUCGAUUUGUCUACCAUUGUGAAGCCUGAUCACCUUAAAGCAAUGUGGGAAAAAUCCCCAAUUAGUCACAUUGACAAGGUUCGUGCCCCAACAUUACUUUUGCUGGGAAAGAAAGAUCUUCGUGUUCCAAUGUCUCAAGGUCUUAAAUAUUAUCAACUCCUGAAAGCAAGAAAAGUUCCUGUUAGAGUGUACCAGUAUGAUGAUAAUCAUCAGUUGCUGAAAACUAAACAUGAUGGUGAUCAUUUCAUUCAAGCUGCUCUGUGGUUUUACAAAUAUUCUUCUCCCUAAAUUCAGAUUAAAAAAAAAAUUGAAAAUCAUAUAUUUUUGUUAUAAAUGUUUUUGAUUACUGAACAAUUAAUUUUCAUUUUAAUGAUUUUUCUGUCUGACAUUAUAAAUUGAAUGUCAAUUUUAGAAUUGUGUUUUCUAAUUUAAAAUAAAUUCAGUGCUUAAUAAAUUUAAAAUGUUACAAAUUUCAAAUAUCUAGAAUUAUAUUUGUGUAUGUUAUGUUCAUUAUAUUUCAUAUAAUAAUAUUUUAAAUAGAUAUUUGAUAUAAUUAUGUUAUUAUAUGAAAAUAGGUUUUUAAACAUUUAAUGGUUAGAUCUUAAUCAUUUUAUUUUAUUGCAAGUAAUGUUUACAGAAAAAUACAAAAUAUAACACAAUUUUCAUGCAUCUAUCUAUUUUUAAUUUUUAAAUAUGAUUAUUUUUUUAAAGUUUUUGUGCCUUUUUUAUUCUGAAAUAAUGGAUUGUUGUUAAUCUGUUUGUUGACAAUCAAAUAAAUAAUAAUUUUUUUAUGAAUUCUUUUUUAAUUUGUUUCUUUGUUAUUGUAGAUCAGCCAUUUUUGCAUAUAUAGCAUGUGGUAGUGGGGGGGGGACAGUUGGAACUAUUAUAUUAGAUAUUAAAAGUGAAAAUAUUUGUUCAGUGUAGUUAUAUAUUGAAAAAUUAUUAUAAUUCGGGCACCAAAUGGAAAUGAAUUAUAAUUACAAUGCAUUAAAUGAAAAAUACUUAUUUUUGCCUUAGAGUUUAUGAUUUCAAAUUUAAUUUUUUUUUCAGCUUUUGCCUUUCAGUAAUCAACUAUCAAAUCUUCCUUUUGCAGUGUAUUCUAGAAUCAAAUCUUUUAUGUUUUAUUUAUAACAAUGCUUUAAGGGCUUGUUUUUUUUUUUUACUUGUAUUGUACAUAAUUAAAAGCUUGGAUUUAUGUU